AUGUCUUUCAGCGCGGGUAAUUUUUGGCUUCAACGAACAAUCUCUCUGAAGCCUUAUCCUCGUGGAUGUCACUACAUUACGGAUGACGUGAAAAAAGCAUUACCAGAAAUCCAGCAGCUCAAAAUGGGUGUGCUUCACCUGUUCAUUCAGCAUACAUCAGCUACGUUGAUUGUGAACGAGAGUUGGGACGCAUCUGUCAAGACUGACAUGGAGAUGCUGCUGAAUCGCAUGUUCCCAGAGUCACUGCCUUACGCUCACAGCUGCGAAGGUCCAGAUGACAUGCCGGCUCACGCCAAACAAGCAUUCCUCGGUGGUCCCAGCCUAUCGGUGCCUGUAUCUGACGGCACGCUGGCUUUGGGCACAUGGCAGGGAAUUUGGUUAUGUGAGCAUCGCAGCUCCAAGUCUUCAAGGCAAAUUGUGGCUACACUGAAUGGGUGCCCAUUCGACAAGAGUUGA